AACCCAGAAUUUCUAAACUGGUAACAUUUUUGGCACCUGUAUUUUCUCAAGUCCUUAAAAAAAUUUCACCAUUAACAAUUAGAGCCUUAAAAUCUUAAACCCUUGUUCACCAUUCCCAAAUUCUCUCUCCUCAAAUUGGGUUUGAAUUGAACAAAAAUGCCUUCAGAAGACGCAAAACCAUUGAAAAAGGAGCAGAUUGAAGAUGAAGAAGAUGAUGAUGAAAAGCCUAUUUCUGCUGUUCGCAAUAAGAACAAAAAACCCAGUAAUUCUCCUGCAACUGCGACUCUUAAGCAGAAACCUAAAGUGACGAAAAAAGAACAAGUUGAUGAUGAUUCAAGCGAUGAUAAUGCUCCUUUGAAGAAACCCACUAAACUAACCCCUAAAUCUACCAAACCCAAAAAAGAGGAAGAUGAUUUUGUUGUUUCUAAGAAGGUUGUUGCUAAAGAUGACAAGAAAAAAAUAAAGAAGAAAAUGGAGGAGGUGAAGAAGGUUGAAGUGAAGAAGAGAGAGAGAAAAGUGUAUGAAUUGCCUGGGCAAAAACGCGACCCUCCUGAAGAAAGAGAUCCUUUGAGGAUAUUUUAUGAGACAUUGUAUCAGCAAAUACCUACCAGUGAAUUGGCUGCAAUUUGGAUGAUGGAAUCUGGUUUGCUUCCAUUGAAGGAUGCAAUGCUAGUAUAUGAGAAGAAAAUGAAGAAGAGUAAGAGCCAAAGAGUUACUUCACCAUCAAAACCUACUACGACAGUCAAAGAAACCAAAUCUGUGACCGUUAAAAAGAAAGUAGUUUCUUCCACCCCGAAUUCGUCGGACAAAAAGAAGAAAAUUGCAACCACAACUGUGACAAAACAUUCGAAGAAGCGCAAGGCUCCAAGCUCUGAAGAAGAUCCAACUUCUGAGGAAGAUUCAGAAGAUGAUUAUGUUCUGUCAAAGAAGAAGGUAAAAAAGGCUAGAGUCAAUUAAGGAAUGAAAUCAGUGAAAUUGUAGGGAAUUCAAGUUGUGUAAUGAAUUUUAGAAAUUAAAAAUUUGAUAGCUACCCAGAAUUGUAUUGAUCUGUCCUGCAGUACAUUGUACUGUAUGAUUUGUAACCAACAUUAGAUCUCAUCAGUGAAUGUGUUUUAGAGAAGCUCUGAAAUUCCAUUGGCCUGAUUGUUUCAA